AUGUGUUCAGCUGAAGGCGGGAAGAAGAAGAGGAAGAAGAGGGCAACGCGGCCGAAGCUCACGCCGGACCUGCUCCUCUCCGACGCCGGCCUAGGCUUCGUCCUCUGCUACUUCCCCAAGGCCUUCAAGCCACGCGCCCGCCCCGGCCACGAGGUGGAGGACCUUGGCAAUCUGAUCAAGAUUUAUGCUGAAUGGCAAUCCCACUUGAUCCGUUAUUACUCCUUUCAGCAGUUUGUGCGGAAAGUUGAGAAAGUUGGGGCCGGUAACCGCGUUAGAGUAAGCUACUUUCUUCUUUUCAGCGUUUUCCUGCCAUGCUGUUACAGACAAGUUGAGCAGUCCUCGGAGUAUAUGGUCAACUUAACUUGUGUACUGUAAUUUAUUUUAUCUCUUUUAGGGUGGUUAGCUUAAGUUUAUAUGUAUUUUGUCCGGCUAGAUAGGAUGCUUGAAAUAGAAUUAGU